AUGGCACAAGACUCGAAACCUGACCAUGAGAACCUUGCUGUUCUACAAAGGAACCGUUUACCAACACGUGCUUAUUGGAUUCCAGAUACCGCAGUGUUGUUGAACGGUGAAUGGGAUUUCCACUAUGCAUCAAGUCCCCUGGAGGCUCCCCAGGUGGAAGAUAAGUCAUUAACCAUCGGUGACGAGUGGACGAGGAUAAACGUGCCAGGACAUUGGCAACUACAGGGUCAUGGGAGACCACACUACACCAACGUCAUCUACCCAUUCCCAGUUUGCCCACCCCAUAUCCCCACGGAGAACCCAACGGGAACUUAUCGGCGAACGUUUAGCGUCCCACUCAGCUGGGACCGGUCCUCUCAACUUCGCCUGCGCUUUGAUGGUGUGGACAGCUCUUAUCAUGUCUGGGUUAAUGGUACUUUCGUUGGGUAUUCUCAAGGUAGCAGAAAUCCUGCUGAGUUUGAUAUCAGCUCAGUGAUUAAGCGAGAAAGAGAAAAUGAGCUAGUUGUUCAAGUCUACCAGUGGUGCGAGGCAUCCUAUAUUGAGGACCAGGACCAGUGGUGGCUCUCAGGUAUUUUUCGAGAUGUGCACUUGCUUGCAUUUCCAGGGGAAUUCAGGAUAGAGGAUUUCUUCAUCAAAACGGUAUUAGAUGCAGAAUAUCAUGAUGCUUCUGUGCAGGUCAAAGUGUCACUCUCAGAAUCAACCGAUCACAAACUGGCUAUUACGGUACUGGAAGGCCAGGAGAACCUGGGAUCACACGAGCAAACCGUACCCUCAGGAACCUCCAACAUAAAUCUUGAAGUGUUAAUCCAAAAUCCGAAGAAGUGGACAGCCGAAACUCCUUACCUCUACAAUAUUAGAUUGUCUCUGAUCUCUCCUGAUGCAGAAGUUGUCCAGUCCAUCGAGCAGAAGGUCGGUUUUCGCAAGGUGGAAAUAAAAAAAGGGUUGAUCUCGGUCAACGGGAAACCACUGCUCCUACGUGGAACUAACCGGCACGACCACCACCCCCGAUUUGGCAGAGCCGUCCCACUAGACUUCAUGAGAGAAGACCUGUUGCUGAUGAAGCGUCACAAUAUCAAUGCUUUGAGAACUAGCCAUUAUCCUGCCCAUCCUCGACUAUACGACAUGGCUGAUGAGCUGGGUUUGUGGGUCAUGGACGAAGCGGAUCUUGAGUGCCACGGAUUCUACGAUGCAGUCGCGCGGCCCCUCGACAUCCCAGAAGAGAUGGACUACGAAGAGCGCAAAGCCUUGACGUUCCCACAGGCCGCCAAGUACACGUCCGACAACCCAGAAUGGAAGGAGGCGUACGUUGAUAGGAUGCGGCAACUCAUCCAGCGCGAUAAGAACCAUCCCAGUAUCAUCAUGUGGUCGCUAGGGAAUGAGGCUUUCUACGGUCAGAACCAUGUAGCAAUGUAUGAGUACGCCAAGUCUGUAGAUCCUGAGAGACCAGUCCAUUACGAAGGCGACGUCAAGGCUGCUAGCGCAGACAUGUUCUCGUAUAUGUACCCAAACAUGGAGCGACUUGCUAAGUGGGUUGAGAAUGAGGGCGUCAAGGAGGACGGUACUUUUGAAAAGCCAGUGGUGCUUUGUGAAUAUGCUCAUGCAAUGGGCAAUGGUCCUGGAUGGCUUGAGGAUUACCAGAACAUGUUCAGGAAAUACCCACGAUUGCAAGGUGGCUACAUCUGGGAGUGGGCGAACCAUGGCUUGUGGAAUGCUGAAGGUGGCUUCUACGGCUACGGUGGUGACUUCGGUGAUGAGCCGAAUGAUGCGACAUUCGUCAUGGAUGGACUUUGUAAUAGCGAGCACAAGCCAACACCAGGUCUCCUCGAGCUGAAGAAGGUCUUUCAGCCUGUGAAGUUCGAGUACGAGGACGGCAAGGUCUACAUUACCAACGAGUAUGACUUUGUCGGCCUCGAUCAUCUUGUCGCAACCUACAGCAUCGAGUCCCUUGGCCAGGAUACUAUAUUGAUUGAGUCCGCAGAAUUGUCAUUGCCAAAGUUGGAGUCCUGGACGCGCGCUGAGCUUAGCCUGCCGGUUGACCUCGCGAAAUUCAAGGACUCGUCGAAUGAGAUCUUCCUGACUAUUGACAUCAAACUGCGAUCGAUCACAAAUUGGGCCAGCGCAUCCCACGAAAUUGCAUGGUGGCAGCACAAAGUCUCCAGCGGCAACCCAAUGACACCAGCUCGGUUGCUGACAUCUAGCAAGAUCAGCACUGAAGAAUCGCGGACAAGGCUCGAAAUCACGGGUGCGGAUUGGAGUAUCUCCUUCGACAAAGUCCGCGGCUACAUGGCGAGCUGGACCCAAGGUGGACGAUCUCUAGUAGAGAUGGACCCCAAGCACAAGGCCGCCUUAAUCCCCAACUUCUGGCGAGCACCGACCGACAACGAUAGACCGGGCGACAUAAACAUCCCGGGAUCACUACCCUACUGGAAGCACUACGGCGUCGACGCCCUAACAUCACAACUGCGCGCCUUCUCCUGGAUCGGCGGCGACGAAGACGUCAAAAUCACCGCACACACCUACCUCUCACCCCCGAUCCUUGAUUGGGGUUACAACGUGCACGCCCUGUAUACGAUAUCGAAUUCAGGCAAGCUAACCGUAAACAUCAAAGCGCAACCGGUCGGUGCCGCACCAAGACAGAUCCCGCGUCUCGGCCUGAACCUGCGCCUCCCCUCACGCCUCCGCAGCGCCAAGUGGCUCGGCCUCGGGCCCGGCGAGUCGUACCCGGACAAGCGCGGCGCACAGCGGAUAGGCAUCUGGUCGCAACGCGUUGAGGACCUCGAGACGGCCUACGACGUGCCCCAGGAGAACGGGAAUAGGCUCGAGACGCGCUGGCUGAGGAUUAGCGACGAGUACGGAGCGGGGAUCCAGGCGAAGCUCACGAGCGCGCCGGGCCAUUUCAGCUGGACAGCUGGACGGCAUGGCGCCGAGGCGCUGGAGAGGGCGAAGCAUCCGUGUGAUUUGGUCCCGGAGGAUGCGACGCUGUUGAACCUGAGCGCGAAGGUUGCGGGUGUCGGGACCGCUGCGUGUGGGCCAGGGGUAAGAGAGGAUUUGCAGGUCAAGGUUCAGGAGGACGAGUUUGAGUUUGUGCUUCAGGCUGUUCAGGCUUGA